AUGGCCACACAACAAAAACCAGGUCGACUUGCUGGUAAAAAUGCAGUCAUCACGGGCGCUGCAGGAGGCAUUGGCUUGGAAACGACCAUCCUCUUCGCCCGUGAGGGUGCUUCAGUGCUUAUGGCCGAUAUUUCCGAACCAGCACUUGCCCGGGCACUCGAGAAGGUGAAAGAGCUGGUCCCCGACUGCCCACGUGUGACAACCAUCAAAUGUGACGUUUCGAAAGAAUCGGAUGUCGCUGCCGCAAUUGGGUCCCAGGACCAAUACGGUGGCAUCGACAUCAUCUUCAACAAUGCCGGCAUCAUGCACGCCCAGGACGACGAUGCCAUCAACACCACAGAAAAGAUCUGGGACUUGACUCAGUCGAUCAACGUCAAGGGUGUCUGGUACGGCAGCAAACACGCCGUCUUGAGCAUGCGUCGCCAUCAAAAGAAAGCCGGGAGCGUCAUCAACGUGGCCAGCUUUGUCGCCUUGAUGGGUGCGGCAACCCCCCAACUCGCCUACACAGCCUCCAAGGGCGCUGUACUGGCUAUGACUCGAGAACUGGCAAUUGUCCACGCACGAGAGAACAUCAGAUUCAACUCUUUGUGUCCUGGACCCCUUAACACCCCAUUGUUGCAGGAUUGGCUGGGUGAUGAUCUUCAGAAAAGGCACAGACGAGAGGUCCACUUUCCCAGUGGUCGAUUUGGAGAGGCCAUUGAGCAAGCACAGGCAGUUCUCUUCCUAGCAAGUGAUGAAAGCAGCUUUGUCAAUGCCACCGAAUUCGUGGUUGAUGGCGGCUUAAGCAAAGCCUAUGUGACAGCCGAGGGACCCCCAACCGCUGCUCCUCAGAACAUCGUCCAUUGA